UAAAGCUGCAGCUCGCGCAGCUUCGGGCUCAGUUCGAGCUGCAGGAUUCGAACAGCGGAACUUUAACACUGAGGAACUUUCACGUUCACUUCAGAACAACUGAGACUUUUCUGGAUAAAAAACACUGGAAUCAUGAAAUCUCCAAAACUCAAAGCUCAAGCGGACCUGGCGAACGAGCACGACCUGAGCGACGUGCUGUGCGAGUUCGACGCGGUGAUGGAGGACUUCACGUCGCCGGUGGAGAAGCGUCACUUCAGGUACGACGAGCACCUGAAGACCGCGAAGAGGAGGAGCAGCGCCAGCGUCAGCGACAGCGGCAUCAGCGACUCUGACAGUGCAGAGUCCCUGAACAGAAACAGCUUCAGCUUCAGUGACGAGCGGCUGAAUUCUCUCACCGUGUUCUCCCCCGCAGCCGCCUCGCCGCCGCGGACGUCACCGAAACCCAAACUCGGCGACACUAAAGAGCUGGAGGACUUCAUCGCCGACCUGGACAAGACAUUAGAGAGCAUGUGACACGGAGGCUGGCAGGCGUCCUGGAGUGAAGCCACGAGAGAGGGAGGGAGUGGACGUCUCCCCCCGAACAUGCACCUGCCUCCCCCCCACCCACACUGACAACCACCCAACAGGAUACAGCUGGAUGGCAACUGGUGGCUCCACCGCGGCGUCCGGUCGAGCCUCCUAAAGUUAGAGCUCGACCGAGUCCCGGCCGCCUGAAGCGACUGCAGGACACGACCAUUGUAGGGAGACGAGGACGAGGAGACGAGGACGAGGAGACGAGGAGACGAGGACGAGGAGACGAGGAGACGAGGAGUCGAGGACGAGGAGACGAGGACGAGGACACUUGUUGUUGUGCAGAAUCACAACACGGAAUAUUUUCACUGGAACAUUUGUCAGAAUCACAAACCAACACACGGAGCAGGUCACACCCCCUCAUCUGAAACCUGAGCUGGAAGAGUAUUUAAAAGAAAUGCCUUUUUAUAAUAGAAAUAUAUUUGUAAUUUUAUAGAGCUUCCUAUUGUCUUUUUUUUUUUUUUGUGAAAUAUAUUAUUUUUGUAACUUGUGUAAAUAAUAAUGGUUCUAAAAGUCUAUUUGCUUUGAUAUUAACAGUCAGAUUAAGAUGUGACUGGAAUAAAAGGUUCCAUGUUUCAAUGAGAACUGGAAAUUAAUCCGCUAGGGAAAGAAAAACUGGAAAGUAAAUAUAUGUAUUUAAUACAGCUACUGUCUGCCAGAUAUUAAAGUCUGAGAUAUUGUUCUUUUA